AUUGUUCAGUUUUCAAAGACACGUUCCUCUAUUCAUGCUUUCAUUGAUCAAUUUAGAAUUGCUCACAUGUAUCUAGCAUGAGUGCACUACGGGUCUACGGUCUCUAACAGACCAUUAUUAGCAAAGCAUAUUUGUGGCCCUUUAUUUGCUUCAUGAAUUGUUCGUUUUACCAGCCAGAGCCAGAUGAGAUUGAGAAAAUAGCAGCAGAAGGGAUCUUGACCUGUUUACAGGAUACCAUAGAUUCUCUAAAGCAAGGAAAGGAUGUGCAACAAAUUACAGAGCAGUGGGCGUGCAUCCCUCGCGCAGUUGAGGAGCUGGCAAAAUUUCAAGCUAGUGAAGGUCAUGGGGCCACCCGGGUACAAAAGGAAGAUCUCUGCAAGCAAGCUGAAACCUGCAAACAGGUUUAUGAGCAAGAAUUCAGAAGCAGAAACCAGUCACAAACCAAAGGGAGGGAGCCAAGCAUUACAGGUACUUGUGAUAGUGAUGAAACAAUUGAGAUGACAGAAGAGGAAAUUGAUAAAGCUUAUGAUUCUGUGUGCUCCACAAUUCCAAAGUGGUAAUUAGCUUUGUCUUGUCCUGUCUUUUUGAGCACUCUCUAUGUAACUCCUGCUUAAUUUGUACCUAAGGGAUUAUGCUCAAUAAAUAUGCCCCCCCCCC